AUGUCCAGUUACCAGGACAAAGCAGUCAAAAAUAAUAGUAGCGGACACGAGAAUGCACGAAAGAUUGGCUGGCCGCAAUUGAUGUAUCUUCUGGUACCACCUGGGAUGGCAAAUUCUGAGAAUGGAAACGAAGAGAUAUCAAAAAGGGAAAAUGACUGGCAUACAUAUGGAAUCGACGAACAAUUUACAAAAUCCAAAAAGCUCGAGCAGUCACUCAAUUUGACAGCAACGUUUAACGGCAGAGAAGCGACAAUACGACAGUUUAACGGUACAGCGACAAGACCUUUGUGUGUCAAGCAUACAGUUUUCUAUCUCAUAAUUCAUGAUGUAAUGCGGAAAAUUCAACAUCAGGAGACUAUUUCGUAG